AUGUUCAAGGCAAGACAGUCUAGCUCGGGAGAGGUCAAUGCUUUCUUUGGAGCCAGGCAAGUAGUAAAUAGAAUCGCCGCCCGCGAUGAGUCGCGGGGCAUCAGCACGAGUAUUGUUUACUCGCUUCUGUUACUACUUCUUAUUCUCACAAUCUACGAGUAUUCAGUUGUUAUUCCAAAUAUUGCCAAGUAUUUUUGUCGGCCGACCGUUGAGUCCGCUCGUCUUGGUUCUCAGGACGACCACCCUUCCCCACAGAAAUACGGGAUCUCGCCUCGUUUUGCGCCGACAAACAACGUUGAACCCGUCCAAAGCGUCCAGACACACCAACGACCCGCCGGCCACCAGCCCGACCCGCUUUCGGUCGCGACGACCAAGCAAGGCCAGCUCCCAGUCUUUUACCUCUGCUCCGUCGGCGUCAUGGCUGCUCCCUACACUCUUCCUUCGUCUGCGCUGCCUCAUGCCCACCAGAAACACAUGCAUUCGCACUCCCAUUCGCACUCGUCGCUGAGUGCCUGGAGGGCCGGCUCGACCGAGAAUCUGGUUCCCUCCAUUGAGGAGCACCAGGACGAAGCUCUGAACGAUUAUAAGCGCCACGACCAUUCUCACUCGCACUCGCACGCGCACUCUCACGCCCAUCAUGGCCAUUCCGAAUCGCACGCCUCCAAUCGCAGCGCUACUCUCGCUAGAGACCGCCCGAGACCCGCAUCCCUCGAUGUCAUGGACGGCUGGACCAUGGAGAAGACGACGAGCGGCAAGAGCAUCAUAGCGCAUGACGGCGAGCUUGCCUCCGAGACGCCCUACUCGCCGCCACGACAGAUGCACAAUACCUUGCAUAGCCUGCCGCACGACUCCAAUGCCGAGCGCUCCAUGUUUACCGCGGCUCUGCUGCCCCAUACCGCCAAGUUUCCCAUUAUACAUGCAAUUAUGACAGAAAAGGACUCGAGAAGGAUAUUCUAUUUCAUGAUACUCAAUUUCAGCUUCAUGGCCGUCCAAGCCUUCUACGGUUAUGUUACCGACUCGCUCGGUUUGCUGAGCGACAGCAUCCAUAUGUUUUUCGACUGCGUAGCUCUGCUCGUUGGUCUCUUGGCCGCUGUCAUGAGCAAGUGGCCUCCCAGCCAAAGGUUUCCAUAUGGCUUUGGCAAAAUCGAAACACUCAGUGGAUUUGCCAACGGUAUCCUACUCAUGCUUCUGAGUUUGGAGAUCGGCUUUGAGGCUUUUGAGCGACUUUGGGAGGGUACAAAGACGAAACGACUCGGCGAGCUCUUCAUUGUCAGCUCUCUCGGCUUGGCCAUCAACCUCGUUGUUAUCGUCUCGACGGUGCUGACUAGUUUCUGGGGUUGGGCCGGCUGGGAUCCUCUUGCUUCGUGCUUCAUUGCAGUGCUUAUCUUUCUCUCGUCGCAACCACUCGUUCUGUCUUCAGCGAGACGCCUGUUGCUCAGCGUUCCAGAAGACACAGAAUACAACCUACGCAAUGUACUCGGCGGCAUUCUCCAGCAGCGUGGUGUCGUGGGCUACUCGGUACCCAAAUUUUGGAAGGACGACAGAUCGUGGGGUGACGAGGGAGACAAGCUUGUCGGUGUUGUACACGUUACCAUUGGUUUCGGCUAUGCCUUUGACGAAGUUCGCGACCGUGUGCGCCAGUACCUUCUCAAGGAAGGCAUUGACGCAGUAGUGCAAGUCGAGCGAGAGGGAGACAAUUCGUGCUGGUGCUCACGCGAGCGUGGGCUAACACAACCGCACACGCCAAAGUCUCUUUAG